CUAUUUAUUCCCGUAGAAGUCCAGUGACUUGGUCUUGUUGUUCGUUCGUUCGUUCGUUCGUUCGUUCGUUCGUCUUCUCCCCCAAAACCCAAUCGAUUCGGUCUGCAUCGAUCGAUCUGCACUUUGAUCUACUGUGGAAUGGCGAGGAGUAGAUCGUCUUCCACUGUAUGGCGUUACAUAAAUCCGGCUUACUAUUUGAAACGACCUAAGCGCCUUGCCUUGCUCUUCAUUGUUUUCGUUUUUGCAACCUUCUUCUUUUGGGAUCGACAAACUUUACUCCGUGAUCACGAGGAAGAGAUCUCUAAGUUGAAUGAAGAAGUGAUACACCUGCGGAAUCUGCUGGAAGAAUUGAAGAAUGGUGCAGACAUGUCAGUUGAAAAAAAGAAAUAUAGUGGUGAAGGUGGUCAGGCGAUGAAGAAUAUGGACUCACCAGAUAAUAUCCUCGAUGCUCAGCGAAGAGAGAAAGUAAAAGAUGCUAUGCUUCAUGCUUGGAGCUCUUAUGAAAAAUAUGCAUGGGGCCAUGAUGAACUACAGGUUUGGAUGUUACUUCUAAUACGUUAUUUUUUAAGUUGUUAAUAUUGCCUUUGUUUU